AUGGCCCUCGCCGAGGACCCCCGCCAGCGCCAGGGCCCCCGGGACGACUUCCCCCCCCCCCCCAUCAAGCAGGAGCCGGCGGACCACCCCGCGCCAUGCAAGGCGGAGCGCUUCCCCCCCGCCUGCCAGCAGAGGGGCGGGCCCUUCUACCAGAGCCAGCGGGCCCCGCCCGAGCCGGGCCUCGACCCGGGGGACCACCCCGACGGCGGCCGCUCCCCGCGGCGCUCCGGCGACGCCCCCGGGAGCCACGGGGCGGCGGCGGCGGCGGAGGAGUCGGAGGGCCAGCCCUGCCGCUGGGCGGAGUGCAGCGCCGCCUACGACCACCAGGAGGAGCUGGUCCGGCACAUCGAGAAGGCGCACAUCGACCAGCGCAAGGGGGAGGAGUUCACGUGCUUCUGGGCGGGUUGCGUGCGGCGCCACAAGCCGUUCAACGCCCGCUACAAGCUGCUCAUCCACAUGAGGGUGCAUUCGGGGGAGAAGCCUAAUAAAUGUAUGUUCGAGGGCUGCUCCAAGGCCUUCUCGCGGCUGGAGAACCUGAAGAUCCACCUGCGCAGCCACACGGGGGAGAAGCCUUACGUCUGCCAGCACCCCGGCUGCCUGAAGGCCUUCAGCAACUCCAGCGACCGCGCCAAGCACCAGCGCACGCACCUCGACACGAAGCCGUACGCCUGCCAGGUCCCCGGAUGCACCAAGCGUUACACGGACCCCAGCUCCCUGCGCAAGCACGUCAAGUCCCACGCGGCCCGGGGCCACCCGGAGAGAGAGGCCCCGCUGCCCUCCAUGUUGGAGUCGGACAUGCUGAGCUACUGCCUCGCCCGGCAGCACCUCCACGUCGCCAGCGCCGGUGGCGGCGUCGCCGUCGGCAACCAGCAGAACCCUGCGGCCGGGAUGAAGGGCGGCCCCUCCCCCGGGCCCGGAACGGACGGCUUCGCAGACAUGUACUCCGGCAGCGCGGUACUCCACAAGAGGCCUGGCCCCCAGUACCUCCCCCCACCCCCAGAGUCCCGGUCGGGGUACCCCGGGAUGAAGGCCUCCAUGGGGGGCGCUGAGAGCCCCCUGCCCUCGCUGACCAGCCCCGGGCACGCGGGGGCAGGACCGACCUCCUCCUCCUCGUUCCUGGCCCACGGGGGCCCGGCGUUGAGGGCCCGUGUCCUGGACGGCCCGGCCCCCCCAGCUGACCUCCACCCCGGGGUCAGGGCCCCGCCGGCCCCCGGCUGCCAGCGAGCCGGCCCCCGGCCCCACCUGGACGGGCCCCCGGAGCAGCCAGCGUGUCUUUACGGAAACGAGAAGAUGGCUCAACCCAUAAUAGAGGGAGACUUCGACGUCACCAACUAUCUCACCAACCACUUGGCAUCCUAUUCGACCGGGUUUGAUUUGCUGCGGGACCUCCAGGGGCAAGUGGGCGGGGGCCACUCUGCCUCCGCCCCCUCCCCCGAUGACAGCUUCCUGUUUCAGAGCGGCGGUGUCGAUCGCUACCUCAGUCAGAUCUACUCCAUCUACCUGGACUCCUGAUGCCGCGGCGAGCCCCACCGCGAUCUAACCCUAAGAAUUGCACCAACAUCGCUUUUGUUUUUCCCCCUAACCCUUCUCUGAUGUAUUUCUAAUGUUCCAGUAUCGGCUCGUAUGUGGACAAGUUACUUUGGGGUCAUUACAGUACAAUGCCUAGAAUCGAAUCAAUCCUGACAGGUACCUGAUUGACGCCUGCAUUGAGCCUAUUGACAGACACCAGCUGCAUCAGCUGGGGUGUUUCCAUAACAGCACACCGUCAGAGUGGCAUGCCAACACGACAUGAGUUUGUGUUUUCAGCCCAGGUCACUCAUGGACUGUCGUCCUUGUAGCCAUAGUCAUCGGAGACCAAGUGAAGCAUGGGAAUAAAACACAUCAUCAUGAGUGUACUGUUCAACCAUGACCGUGACGGGCCACUCUAACCUGUAAUCGUUUCCAAGUGCCGAUGGGCACUUGAGGCUCAUUCGCCAGGUUUGGAUUAAUUAGGCGCUCUGUUGUAAUGUGUCAUCUGGCUGAGUGUGGUCAGAAUGGUGGACUCCAUCCAUGACUUCAUCCAUUCUUUCAUCGUUCAUCAUUUAUACGUUAUAUUGACGGGGACCUCUAGCAAGGGAUUUUGGACCUGCGACCCAUCUCUACCCUUUUUCCCUUGCUCGUACACUUUUCUGGAUGAGAAAUGUCCAGCCGACGGGCCGGCUGACUUUGGAACAACAUCGCCCCCUGGUGUUGAAAAUAGUUAGUGGCCCGUACUGAACUGUUGCGUGAAAGACGCAAAGGCGCGAUACUUGGACGUUUGACUGAAAAGUGACUGCUGAUGGAAUCAAACGGAUUCCACUCUAUUAUAUCUCUUUACCUUGUCGUCACCAACAAAUGAUGAUCCCAGAGGACCAAUAAUGUUGAACAAAGGUCAGACUGUUCAGCUGUAGCCAAGACUGGACAAACAUUUACAAAAGGAGAGAUAACGAACACUAUACCAUUUUAAUAGCCUAUAACCUACAUUUUUAAUGACAUUUUUAUAUACUAUGUUUUCCAAAAGAUUUAAAAUGUUUUCCAAUGCAAGAGAAGGAACAGUGAUAUUUACAUGCACUCCAAAUAUGUUUACAUUGACUUUUAUCGAAUGAUCACGUUCAAAAUGUUUGCUAUUAUUAUUGCAUGUAACCAUUGUGCUGGAUUAUAUGAAUCUCUUCUGCAAUGUGUUUCUUCUUUAUAAUGCCAAAUCCACAAAAGAAUUUGUAUAUAAAAAAAUGAAAUUAUUUACACCAAGUCGUUUGAGUCCUAUAGACGCCGGUUACAGAGAAACUUUACAGCGCUCAUCCAGCAGAUCGCAGUGCAACCUCGUCACACAACGACAAGUUUGUCUGCAACCUGUGCGCUUUGAAUUGAGCGCAGUAAAUGGAUAUGCCAGGGUGCGUAA